CGCAGCCGCCGCCGCCGCGGGGCGAGGUCGCCGCCAUGGCCCGCUGGAUCCCGACCAAGAGGCAGAAGUACGGGGUCGCGAUCUAUAACUACAAUGCCUCUCAAGAUGUGGAGCUCUCCUUGGAGAUCGGAGACACGGUUCACAUCCUGGAGAUGUAUGAGGGUUGGUACAGAGGAUAUACCCUCCAAAAUAAAUCGAAAAAGGGGAUUUUCCCUGAAACGUAUAUCCAUUUGAAGGAGGCAACCGUGGAAGACCGAGGGCAGCACGAGACCGUGAUCCCUGGUGAGCUCCCACUGGUGCAGGAGCUCACGUCGACCCUGCGAGAAUGGGCUGUCAUCUGGCGCAAGCUCUAUGUGAACAACAAGGUCACACUUUUCCGCCAGCUGCAGCAGAUGACCUAUAGCCUGAUUGAGUGGCGGUCCCAGAUCCUGUCUGGAACGCUUCCCAAGGAUGAACUGGCAGAGCUCAAGAAGAAGGUCACAGCCAAAAUUGAUCACGGGAACAGAAUGCUGGGAUUAGAUCUGGUGGUGAGAGAUGACAACGGGAACAUCUUGGACCCAGAUGAAACCAGCACCAUCGCCCUCUUCAGGGCCCAUGAAGUGGCCUCAAAAAGGAUCGAGGAAAAGAUCCAAGAAGAAAAGUCGGUUCUUCAGAACCUGGACUUGCGGGGCCAGUCUGUCUUCAGCGCUGUCCAUACCUACGGCCUCUACGUGAACUUCAAGAACUUCGUCUGCAACAUUGGGGAGGACGCCGAGUUGUUCAUGGCCCUCUAUGACCCGGACCAGUCCACCUUCAUCAGUGAGAAUUACCUAAUUCGUUGGGGCAGUAAUGGGAUGCCCAAGGAAAUAGAGAAGCUUAAUAACCUUCAAGCAGUUUUUACUGACCUCAGCAGCACAGACCUCAUCCGGCCCCGCAUCAGCCUCGUGUGCCAGAUUGUCCGGGUGGGCCACAUGGAGCUGAAGGAGGGCAAAAAGCAUACCUGUGGGCUCCGAAGACCUUUUGGAGUAGCAGUGAUGGAUAUUACUGAUAUUAUACAUGGGAAGGUGGAUGAUGAAGAAAAGCAGCAUUUUAUCCCCUUUCAGCAAAUUGCAAUGGAAACCUAUAUCCGGCAGAGGCAGCUAAUCAUGUCGCCCCUGAUAACAUCCCAUGUGAUUGGGGAGAAUGAGCCACUCACUUCAGUCUUGAAUAAAGUGAUAGCAGCGAAGGAAGUGAAUCACAAAGGACAAGGGCUUUGGAUAUCUUUGAAGCUGUUGCCAGGUGACCUCACACAGGUUCAGAAGAAUUUUUCACAUCUGGUGGAUAGAUCAACUGCAAUCGCCCGAAAAAUGGGCUUUCCCGAAAUAAUACUUCCAGGCGACGUACGGAAUGAUAUUUAUGUCACCCUGAUCCACGGCGAGUUUGACAAAGGGAAAAAGAAGACACCGAAGAACGUGGAGGUGACCAUGUCUGUGUACGACGAGGAGGGCAAACUCUUAGAGAAAGCCAUUCAUCCUGGUGCUGGAUAUGAAGGCAUUUCAGAGUACAAGUCAGUGGUCUAUUACCAAGUCAAGCAGCCCUCUUGGUAUGAGACUGUCAAGGUAUCCAUUGCUAUAGAAGAGGUUACUCGCUGCCAUAUAAGAUUUACCUUCCGACACAGAUCAUCUCAGGAAUCCAGAGAUAAAUCAGAGCGAGCCUUUGGGGUGGCCUUCGUGAAACUGAUGAACCCGGAUGGCACCACGCUGCAGGAUGGGAGGCACGAUCUGGUGGUUUAUAAGGGUGACAACAAGAAAAUGGAAGAUGCUAAACUCUACCUGACCCUGCCUGGAACCAAGGUAGAGAUGGAAGAAAAAGAGCUCCAAGCAUCCAAAACCCUGGCCAACUUUGCCCCAACCAAGGAUAGCACAAAGGACAGCUUUCAGAUUGCCACCCUCAUUUGCUCCACAAAGCUCACCCAGAACGUUGACCUGUUGGGCUUGUUAAAUUGGCGUUCGAACUCCCAGAACAUUAAACACAACUUGAAGAAGUUAAUGGAGGUGGAUGGCAGUGAGAUUGUUAAGUUUUUGCAAGAUACGCUAGAUGCACUUUUUAACAUAAUGAUGGAAAUGUCGGACAACGAAACCUACGACUUCCUUGUGUUUGAUGCACUGGUAUUUAUUAUUUCACUGAUUGGAGACAUCAAGUUCCAGCAUUUUAAUCCUGUCCUUGAAACCUACAUUUACAAGCACUUCAGUGCCACUUUGGCAUACGUGAAACUCUCCAAGGUACUGAACUUCUAUGUGGCUAAUGCAGAGGACUCCAGCAAGACAGAAUUGCUUUUUGCUGCUUUGAAAGCCCUAAAGUACUUGUUUAGGUUCAUCAUCCAAUCGAGAGUACUCUACUUGAGAUUUUAUGGCCAAAGCGAAGAUGGAGACGAAUUCAAUAAUUCAAUCCGCCAGUUGUUUUUCGCUUUCAAUACGCUAAUGGACAGGCCUCUGGAGGAAGCUGUCAAGAUCAAGGGAGCAGCUCUGAAGUACCUUCCCAGCAUAAUUAAUGACGUCAAACUUGUGUUCGAUCCUGUUGAGCUCAGCAUGCUCUUCUGCAAGUUCAUUCAGAGCAUUCCUGACAACCAGUUAGUUCGCCAGAAACUUAACUGCAUGACCAAGAUAGUGGAGAGCAAUCUUUUUCGGCAGUCGGAGUGCAGAGAUGUCCUGCUGCCACUGCUGAUCGACCAGCUCAGCGGCCAGUUAGAUGACAACUCCAGCAAGCCCGACCAUGAGGCCAGCUCGCAGCUUCUGAGCAACAUCCUGGAAGUGCUGGACAGGAAGGAUGUGGGUCCCACGGCGAUGCACGUCCAGCUGAUCAUGGAACGGCUGCUGAGAAGGAUCAACAGGACCGUGAUCGGGAUGAGCCGCCAGUCUCCGCAGAUCGGGGGUUUUGUGGCCUGUAUGAUUGCGAUUCUGCAGCAAAUGGACGACAGCCACUAUAGCCACUAUAUCAGCACUUUCAAAACCAGACAAGACAUCAUUGAUUUCCUCAUGGAAACUUUUAUCAUGUUCAAGGAUCUGAUUGGAAAGAAUGUCUACGCCAAAGACUGGAUGGUCAUGAAUAUGACACAGAGCAGGGUUUUCCUUCGUGCUAUAAAUCAGUUUACUGAGGUUCUCACAAAGUUCUUCAUGGAUCAAACAAGCUUUGAACUUCAGCUCUGGAACAAUUACUUCCAUUUGGCGGUAGCGUUUCUCACCCACGAGUCCCUUCAACUUGAAACCUUCUCUCAAGCCAAGCGCAACAAAAUUGUCAAAAAAUAUGGGGACAUGAGAAAGGAAAUCGGCUUUAGAAUCCGGGACAUGUGGUAUAACCUGGGUCCCCACAAAAUCAAAUUUAUCCCCUCCAUGGUGGGUCCCAUUCUGGAGGUCACACUGACCCCCGAAGUAGAGCUCCGGAAAGCCACCAUCCCCAUUUUCUUUGACAUGAUGCAGUGUGAGUUCAACUUCAGCGGAAACGGCAAUUUCCAUAUGUUUGAGAAUGAGCUGAUCACAAAGCUGGACCAAGAGGUAGAAGGGGGCAGAGGAGAUGAACAGUACAAGGUCCUUCUGGAAAAACUGCUCCUAGAACAUUGCCGGAAACAUAAAUACCUCUCCAGCUCUGGAGAAGUGUUUGCGCUCCUGGUCAGCAGCCUGUUGGAGAACCUCUUGGACUACAGAACCAUUAUCAUGCAUGACGAGAGCAAGGAGAACCGCAUGAGCUGUACCGUUAACGUGCUGAAUUUUUACAAAGAAAAGAAGAGAGAGGACAUAUACAUAAGGUACUUGUACAAGCUGCGGGAUUUGCACCGAGACUCAGAGAACUACACAGAAGCCGCCUACACGCUUCUCCUACAUGCUGAGCUUCUGCAGUGGUCUGACAAGCCCUGUGUACCCCAUUUGCUUCAGAGGGACAGUUACUAUGUUUAUACCCAGCAAGAGCUCAAAGAAAAGCUGUAUCAAGAGAUCAUUUCAUACUUUGACAAAGGCAAAAUGUGGGAGAAGGCCAUCAAACUGAGCAAAGAGUUGGCUGAGACCUACGAGAGCAAAGUAUUCGACUACGAGGGCCUUGGCAACCUGCUGAAAAAAAGAGCCUCGUUUUAUGAGAACAUCAUUAAGGCAAUGAGGCCUCAGCCUGAGUACUUUGCCGUUGGAUACUAUGGACAGGGCUUUCCUUCUUUCCUACGGAACAAAAUCUUUAUCUAUCGGGGGAAGGAGUACGAGAGGCGAGAAGACUUCAGCCUGAGGUUGCUGACGCAGUUCCCCAAUGCCGAGAAGAUGACCAGCACCACGCCCCCGGGAGAGGAAAUCAAGUCGUCCCCAAAACAGUACAUGCAGUGUUUCACCGUAAAGCCAGUGAUGAGCCUGCCUCCCAGCUACAAGGACAAACCAGUUCCAGAGCAGAUCUUAAACUACUACAGAGCCAAUGAAGUACAACAAUUCCAGUAUUCCCGGCCAUUCCGGAAAGGAGAAAAGGAUCCAGAUAAUGAAUUUGCUACCAUGUGGAUCGAAAGGACCACGUAUACGACUGCGUAUACCUUUCCUGGCAUCCUCAAGUGGUUUGAAGUCAAACAGAUUUCAACGGAAGAAAUCAGUCCCCUGGAGAAUGCCAUAGAAACCAUGGAACUCACCAAUGAGAAGAUCAGCAAUUGUGUUCAACAACACGCCUGGGACCGGACCCUCUCUGUGCAUCCUCUCUCCAUGCUGCUCAGUGGCAUCGUAGACCCGGCUGUCAUGGGAGGAUACUCCAACUAUGAAAAGGCUUUUUUUACGGAGAAGUACUUGCAGGAACAUCCAGAAGACCAGGAGAAGAUUGAGCUGCUGAAGCGACUGAUAGCAUUACAGAUGCCCCUGCUGACGGAGGGGAUCCGCAUCCACGGGGAGAAGCUGACAGAGCAGCUAAAGCCACUGCAUGACCGGUUGUCGUCUUGUUUCCGGGAGCUCAAGGAGAAAGUGGAAAAGCUCUACGGCGUUAUAACACUGCCACCCAACUUGACUGAGCGGAAACAAAGCCGCACGGGAUCCAUUGUACUACCCUACAUCAUGUCGUCUACGCUGCGGAGAUUGUCCAUCACCUCGGUGACUUCCUCUGUGAUUUCCACCUCUUCUAACUCAUCCGAUAAUGCUCCUUCCAGACCGGGAUCUGAUGGGUCAAUCCUGGAGCCACUCUUGGAGCGCAGAGCUUCGUCAGGUGCCAGAGUUGAAGAUCUCCCCCUCAAAGAGGACACGGAGAACCGGAUCAGCAAGUUCAAGAGAAAAGACUGGAGCCUGAGCAAGUCCCAGGUCAUUGCAGAGAAAGCAUCAGAACCUGAUCUGAUGGGCCCAGCCAGAAAAGCCCAAAGGCCAAAGAGUCUCCAGUUGUCGGACAAUCGGCUGACGCCAUUUCAUGGUUCUUCGCCUCCUCAGCCAACACCCUUGAGCCCGCCUCCACUCACUCCUAAAGCUACCAGGACCCUAAGCUCGCCAUCUUUGCAGACAGAUGGGCUGAUGACUUCUGGUGUCCCGCCUCCCCCUCCCCCCAAAAGCAAGCCCUAUGAGAGCAGCCAAAGGAACUCCACAGAGAUUGCUCCCCCACUGCCCAUCAGAAGAGAAGCCAAAGUCCCACCCCCACCACCUCCAAAAACUCGGAAAUCUGGCUUGCUUUCUUCUGAGCCUGGAUCCCAAUAAGGAUCUUGUCCCCUCUCUCUCUGGAACUCCUGAACACCUUGAACACCUGAUGCCUGAGAGGUGAAACUGUCCUCACUCCCUGGGGCCCCUUGCUGACCACCUUUCCUGAUCCGGGGUCAGGUUCACCAGCUCCGAACUGGUUGGUCUUCGAAAGGCUUCUCUUUGGUAGAAGCCUAAGGCCACGCCGCCUCUCCUCCAUUCCACGUGGAAUUCUAAAAUUGGCCGUGUCCUGUGUGUCUCUCAAAAGAGAGAUCUCCCUCACCACUAUUAAACUCAGCCUCCAAUGCAGAGCCACUGAGGCCUACAGAAGCCUGGAUAAGUUCUUCUGUGGUGAUGGCGGAGCACCCCAGGAACCUACUCUUUGGAAGGAUUUCUUGCGUCGCUUCUGAAAAACUAUGCUUGAGACUUCGUUUUCUCACGUGGGCACAUCGUGUCCCAGGUGACAUUGGAAGAGACCCACCUUAAGUACUUCAGUAGCCAAAAUAAUCCUAUCUUUCUGAUGUCUGCUGUGUCUCCUUUGAGGAAAAGAAUGUCUUUGUAAUGAAGAUUGGCUACCUUCAAGUGUGGAUAGUUAUCAUUGUUGAAAAAACAUGGACUCCACUGUGAGGUCUGAGCUCCUGCACCACCAACCCCCCGUCCCCACCAUGUGUGGCACGGGAAAGCUGCCCCUCAUGCUCCCGACUAACGGCCCUCAGCACAAGGCAGUAAAUCCUUCCCGCUACAGACUCACUUGAAGCUCUUUCUUUUGCACAGUUUCUUGGCCUGUUAUCUCCUUUGAGCUCAAAUCACAGGACAGAAGGGCCUUAGAAGCCCCAGGUUCAACAGCUUCCCUUCCAGAUCCCAUUUGGAUGGCUCAGCAGCCCCUCUCUGCAACCUGAUUUUACCCUGGAGAAUACAGUGCAAUAUCUCCCUUUGAUUAUUUAUUCCUCGUGAUUGUGGAAUUAAUUCGAUUACAUGUCUAUGGUACUAAUGUCAGUGCUCCUUUCCGAAGAAGAAAAUGGGGUGAUUUCGAUGGUCAAACAUUCCAUACACACACAUCAACAACCACACAAGGCUAAAGGCGUUUUGAGCUAGAAGGGCCUUCAAGGUCACACAGACAACCCCCUCGUGUUGUCGAAAAGGAAAUUGAGGCUCAACACAGAAAGUCUGACUACACAUGCUCACUAAUACCCCAGCUUGCUAAUUGAGGCUCUCUCCCCAGAUAGCGCCCGGAUCGAGAAGACGGCCCUGCCAAACUCCAUGAUGAUAGCUAUCCCUGGUUGGAACAACAGUGGAAAUGUCCCAGAUGUUUCUAUCCUACUUGGGUGUUGAUGACAAAGUGGAAAACUUGUGGCGGAUCCCCGGGGUCAGCCUAUAGGGAAACUCACCAGACCCCUCCCACAACCAGGCCCCAUCCCCUUCCCCGCCGCGGUAGAGAGAGGAGAGAGAGAUUUCACUUCCGGGAUUUGCUUGCCUGCCUCUUUGUGGGCCUGUUUCCACGCCACCCCUCUGAGGAGAGACAUACUAAUUCUUCACAGAGUCAGGAACGUAUAAACCUUGUGCGACAUGGCCAGCAUCACUCAGGCAGUUAGUAUAAGUGCGCAUUUAGAAGAGGUGAGGAAAAGGUCGUGCUUCACCCCUACUCAGGAGAGCCUGUACGGGGGUCAAAUAGAACCUGGGCUUUGGAAGGAAACCAUCUCAUUUCAGACCAUCCCAACUAUGUCGUCCAUUAACUUGGAGACUCCCUCAAAUUGAAAUCCUCUGAGCCUUCAUUUCUUUUAUCUGUCGAAACAGGGAUAACACCACACAGGUGAGGUUCCCGCGAGGUCGACCCUGUGACGCAGUAGGUGCGACAUGGCCCUUUCUUGUCUCUCCUGGCCCCGAGUAAGAUCUGGAAUUCGCCACCAGCGAACAGCACGUAUAUUUUGUCCCCCCCCCCAACGUAAUUGGGAACGUGAGUGCCAAUUAGCUGCGCGCAUACGGCCCCUUUUGCAAAGAUGGCGCCUUUUGGAGUAAUUAUUUAUGACUCAAGAAGAAGCAGUAAUAAGAACCGGGAGGGAUAUUAGUGGAAAGAACGCAGGAGAACAAAGAGAAGGAAUGGAAGGGUUAUACUGGGCUUCUGUGGAGCCCAGAGCAGCUUCUGAGAUGUUGCCUCGCAGACUGGCUAGUGGGGACCUGUAGGCCUCACACACCAUAUUUUUCAAGCUGCCUUUAAAAGAGAAAGAUGUACACUGGGUCACAAAAAAAUACCAAGCCUCAAGCAGGUCCCUUCAGAGUAGCGCAAGCGAGUUCAGCGGUGUGGUUUUUGAUGAGAGGCUGGGGAAAUCCGACACACCCAGUGCCCUUUUUCAAUACAGUCUGUCUUUCCGCAUGAUUCCCCUUCCACAUUAAUGGAAAUACUGGGUCUCUGCUGCCUGAAUAGAAAGGAUUCUAGGUAAUGAAGUGAAUCACAGAUUACAGGGAACAUUGGAAGUUUUAUCUCCUUUGGGAAACCAUUGGGUCAGAAAAAGUCACGUCGGACAAAAGAUCAUAAAUAAUACCUGUCCUACAAAAGAAAUGCCGGACGAUUACCUUACAUACAGGAGAGAUGAGGGCCUGGGAAUAAAAGGGGGAAGAGCUGGACUUUAUUUUCCUUGAUACGAACCCUGCAGUAUUGAACAACAUUGGAAGUAGCCCCCCUCCCCCCCAACCGUCACAACCUUUGUGGAUAUUAGUUUAUGGGGGUUUUUUCAAUCCCUUCUUUUCUCUCGGUUCCGGUGACUUGUCUUCCUUUGAGUUUGUUUUUCUCUUUCAAGAAUUGAAAACUAUUAUUCAACAUUUAUUAAUCUUUCACUGGAUGCCCGACGCCAUACGAAACCCUCGGGCAGUGGCGAUUCGCCGUGUUCAAUGGGGACAGCCCGGUAUACAGACUGUGUCGUACCGUGGGGUUGGCAAGACGGUGGGAUUAGAGGAAAGCGAAACCUUAAAUAAGGCUGCUGGGUCACGGGCCCCUCCCUCCUCCGCCUUCACACCUGGAUUCCAGAAUUGGUGUCAUUUUUUUCCCAUCAGGGAGACCCAUGAAAAAUGCCACCACCCCGCACAUCCCUGAGACAAGUGAGAUAAAGCAGGAUCCGAGGUAGCAGUCUACCUUUGUUAACGUUUUCCAAGCUUCGGGAACCUUCCCCUUCCCCCGGCGCCCAGAUUAUGGGGUGACUUCUUCCUUUAAAAUUGAGACAUGACUUAACGUACGUAUGGUCACCUACCCAGACCUCAGGGGUACAGAUGGACGAAACUUUACAUGGGUGUAUACCGUGUCACCACCUCUCAGAUCCAGACCCAGACCACAUCCAGCACCCCAGAAUGUCCCCUCGUGUCCGUGCUGUCCUGCAAAAGGCAUCUGGAAGGCCUUUGACAUUUGUCCCUUCCUUCCUCUCGCUUCUCGGAUAUAAUGAAAAAAGCAGGGAAACUGCCCCCCAUCAACACAAAACAGGACAGAAAAGACCAAGUAUCUUUUGACAAGUCAAUUUGUAGUCAGUUCCGGGCCCCAAUUUCUUCAUGUAAAACAAAGAUACUUAUUUGAGGCUGCGUGAUUUUUAGAAUCCUUUUGGCUCUAGCUUUCUUUGAUUCUAAGUGAACGAGAAAGAGAGAGAACCUAAAGGAAACGACGUUUCUGUACAACAGCUUUUAGGUCCGUGCACCAUUGACCAAGUGGGAUUUUAAAAUUUGUUGGAAAAGGUAAGUUCCUCUUGGGGUGGGUUGAGAGUGGAACCACCAGUUUUAAUCUACAAAAGGGAAAAGAUAGUUUUCCUUUUAAGUUGAUGAUUUCAGGCUGAUUCUUACAGUCCAGCCAAAGCCGGUCUCCCACACAUGCUGCCUAAACUCCUCUAUUAGUCCAGUUUUGUGAGUUGUUCAUGCAAACUUUGUCAAAGGCUCUGUUGCCAGGAUUUUAUAAACUAGUUGGUUUUCAAACAUGGCCCGUUAGGGAGAUGUGCAUUGAAGUAGCAAAAUUUUGUUCAGAUUUGCUGUUAUUUAUUUUUUAAAUUAAAAAUGGAAAUGUAUUUUGAA